GAGAGUAGGGGGUGGGACUGGGUUUAGUAGGAGACCUGGAGGCCGGGGCCGCCUCCGGACGCCCAUCUGCCGGCCUUACUCGCUCCAUCGAUUAGGAGGAGCGGCGGCGACCUCGGCCUCCAGCGUCUCCGGCGAACUGUAGUGACUGCUGCGGCGGUCAGGAUGAUGUUGCUGGGUUUACUGCAGGCGGGCGGGUCGGUGCUGGGGCAGGCGAUGGAGCGGGUGACCGGCGGCAACCUCCUAUCCAUGCUGCUAAUCGCCUGCGCCUUCACGCUUGGCCUAGUCUACCUGUUCCGCCUCGCAGUCGGCCACCUGGCCCCCCUGCCCGCCGGGGCGAAAAGUCCACCAUACAUUUUCUCUCCAGUUCCAUUCCUUGGACAUGCCAUAGCAUUUGGGAAAAGUCCAGUUGAAUUCCUAGAAAAUGCAUAUGAGAAGUAUGGACCUGUAUUUAGUUUUACCAUGGUGGGCAAGACAUUUACUUACCUUCUGGGGAGUGAUGCUGCUGCACUGCUUUUUAAUAGUAAAAAUGAGGACCUGAAUGCAGAAGAUGUCUACAGUCGUCUGACAACACCUGUGUUUGGGAAGGGAGUUGCAUAUGAUGUGCCAAAUCCAGUUUUUUUGGAGCAGAAGAAAAUGUUAAAAAGUGGCCUUAACAUAGCCCACUUUAGACAGCACGUUUCUAUAAUUGAGAAAGAAACAAAGGAGUACUUUCAGAGUUGGGGAGAAAGUGGAGAAAAAAAUUUGUUUGAAGCUCUUUCGGAGCUCAUAAUUUUAACAGCUAGCCAUUGUUUACAUGGAAAGGAAAUCAGAAGUCAACUCAAUGAGAAAGUGGCACAACUGUAUGCAGAUCUGGAUGGAGGUUUUAGCCACGCAGCCUGGCUACUGCCAGGCUGGCUCCCUUUGCCUAGUUUCAGACGCAGGGACAGAGCUCAUCGAGAGAUCAAGAAUAUUUUCUAUAAAGCAAUCCAGAAGCGCAGACAGUCAGAAGAAAAAAUUGAUGACAUUCUCCAAACUUUACUAGAUUCUACUUACAAGGAUGGGCGCCCUCUGACAGACGACGAAGUAGCAGGCAUGCUUAUUGGACUGCUCUUGGCAGGCCAGCACACGUCCUCAACUACUAGUGCCUGGAUGGGCUUCUUCUUGGCCAGAGACAAAACACUUCAAGAAAAAUGUUAUUUAGAACAGAAAACAGUCUGUGGAGAAGAUCUGCCUCCUUUAACUUAUGACCAGCUGAAGGAUCUAAAUUUACUUGAUCGCUGUAUAAAAGAAACAUUAAGACUUCGACCUCCUAUAAUGACCAUGAUGAGAAUGGCCAAAACUCCUCAGACCGUGGCAGGAUAUACCAUUCCUCCAGGACAUCAGGUGUGUGUCUCUCCCACUGUCAAUCAAAGACUUAAAGACUCAUGGGUAGAACGUCUGGACUUUAAUCCUGAUCGCUACUUACAGGACAAUCCAGCAUCAGGAGAGAAGUUUGCUUACGUGCCAUUUGGAGCUGGGCGUCAUCGUUGUAUUGGGGAGAAUUUUGCCUAUGUUCAAAUCAAGACAAUUUGGUCCACUAUGCUUCGUUUAUAUGAAUUUGAUCUCAUUGAUGGAUAUUUUCCCACUGUGAAUUAUACAACCAUGAUUCACACCCCUGAAAAUCCAGUUAUCCGAUACGAACGAAGAUCAAAAUGAAAAGGGCUGCAGGGAACUAACAAACAUGUAAAACAUCACUGUAAACUGCAAAAGCAUUUGAAGAGAAUGAAGUUUAUGAAACAACUCCUGGUGUAUUCUUUUUUUGAGUAUAAUUUUAAAAGCUAGCUUACGGUUUUUUUAUUUUCUUAACUGAAUGGUUCCAUCAAAUCUAAUCGCAUUUCAGAUAUUUCUUAAUAGUUUUAUGGUGGCUAUUAAGGAAACCAAACUCAUUAGUAUGAAAUUAUUUAGGGGGAUCUUGGUAAUUGACAGAUUCUAAACAGUUUCCAGGUAUUAAUCUUAACAAACGUAGCUCUUGGAAAGUAAGUUCAGGGUAUUUACAUCUUGGACUAGAGCUGCAAGUAUAAAAAGGCCUAGAGGCCCAGGGAGAUACUUGGAAAGCUCAGAUUAUUUACUGGGUAAUGUUUGUGUGUGUGAGUGAGGAUGGGUGGGUAGGGAAUAAACUAAGUUAAAGCCUUGGAUAAAAAAGAAUCCCAUCAAUUGUUUUGGUAUGAUGAUACCUAGCAAUGAUGGAGCUAUGCUGUAGAAAAAAAAAAUGUUCUUUCAAAUUUUAUCUGGAAGGAGCUUCGUCUCCAGGAAACAGAGAGAUCUGACAAUGACUAAUUACAUUUCCUAAAAAAUACUACUACUAAAGAAUGCACAUGUAUCUUGAUCUAAUUACUAAAUACUACAUAUUUAUCUACCUGAUAAACUUCUAUCUGGUUCCACGUGGUGACAUAAUGUGAAAGCCCAAAAUAAAGUUCUUAAGGAAUA